GACAUGUGGAGAACAAGCGUGUGUGAAGGGUGUAAUGAGCUCAUUCAGGACAGGUACAUGCUCCGCGUGCAGGAUGGACUGUGGCACGAGCGCUGUCUGCACUGCGCUUCAUGCAGCGAGCCGCUGAAAAACACCUGCUUUCUCCGCAAUAAAACCCUGUACUGCAAGCAAGACUACCAAAAGUUGUUUUUGGUGCGGUGCAAAGGUUGUGCAGAGGUCAUCUCUCCGGCCGAUCUGGUGAUGCGAGCAGGCACUGCCGUGUUCCACCUGCGAUGUUUCUGCUGCGGCGUGUGUUCCUGCAGACUGCAGAAGGGGGACCGCUGUGUGCUCAUGGGGGACAGGCUGCUUUGUGCCAGAGACUAUCACAACAUACUGGCUAGCCCCAUCAACUCAGACUCAGGUAAAACCGAAGAUGAAGAGGAUGAAGAUGAGGAAGGCAACAUUGAUACAGGGCCCAGAAACACACCUGCAGACGAAGAGCACAAGAGACCUAAAAGGCCUCGUACCAUCCUCACAACACAGCAGAGACGAGCUUUCAAAGCUUCAUUUGAGGUCUCGUCCAAGCCAUGUCGAAAGGUAAGGGAGACGCUGGCAGCAGAGACAGGACUGAGCGUACGAGUCGUUCAGGUCUGGUUCCAGAACCAAAGAGCCAAGAUGAAAAAACUGGCACGAAGACAACAACAGCAAAAGCAAAGUGUGUCCCCUCAGGAGAAAAGAGACAGUCAAGCACAACACACGGCGCCCUCUUGUGGAGCCCUACCCACUGAACUCGAAUGUACCGGCUCAUAUGUCUCCUUGUCCCAGCAGAACAUCAAUCUAGAGUCAUACAGCUUCAAACUAGACCCCUUUAGACAGGGUCUCACCCCUCCUCAGAUGCCUGGAGACCACAUGCAUCCCUAUGGUUGUGACACUCUCUUUGACAAUGCAAACAGUGACCCUCUUUGUCACUUUGAAGACUGUCCGUCAAGGAGCGAUCCCUCCCUGUUAACACCCAUUGACCGAUUGUAUUCAAUGCAAGAUUCGUACUUUACAUCUUGAGCGCUGUCAAGUGUUUAUUUCCAAAAUGAGAUAACUCUGUUUUUAAAAUGUUUAAAAAUCAUGUUUUUUUAUUAUAUUCCAAAUAAUAUCAAUCAAAAUGCAGUUUGUUUGUUUUGAUUUAAGCCAUAAUAAAAAAAUACAGCUAACUAACACAAUAAAAACAUGAUAACAAAAUAAAAAUCACGAUUUUGGGUUUUUUAAACAGAGUUAUCUAAUUUUGUAAAUAAACUCUUCAUAUAUUUACUGUGUAUAUAUGUAUGCAUGUAUGAAUGUGUUUGUGCAGCUUCUGAGUGUAUUUUGCAUUUGCAUGUAUCAGGACUCUUAGAUGGUGGUGAAUGAAAUGGUCAUGUAUACUGUGAAAAAAAACAUUUCUGUCUUGUUUGUAUUUAUUAUGGUUUGUGUGUGCUCUGGAUUGCAUUAUAAUAAAAUGAUAAUUGGAAAAAAGUUAUCCAAAAUGUUGAACUUA